AUGCCUUCUGGAAUCUCUGGCAUUGUGGUGAAAAAGAACAACAAAGAUUUGGGAAUUUCCUUUCUGGACCAUCCUUCUGAAGAUGUCGUUUACAUUCACAAUGUCAAGGGAAAGUUUCGAAAGUACACAAUAUUGGCGCCUGGAUUACGUGUGACCCAUGUUAACGGUUUCAUUGUCUUUACGGCAGCCGAAGCUAGGAAACUGAUACAACGAACUCCUAUUGGUGGCAGCGUCCAAGUGAUUGCCACUGGAAAAUACAUUGAAUUGAAGAAACAGCCAAAGAGAUCUUCAAUCUUUCGGACAUCCUCUUCUUCUUCUAGAUUAGAAUCGGCAUCACCGUCCUCUUCCUCCUCCUCUGCUCCUCUUGGAAUUCAUCUAAGACCACUUCCAGGACGACUAAAUUUGGUGCAAAUCACAAAAGUGGACAAUCUGUUGACCGAAGUUCCCCCUGGACAUAUUUUGGUGGCCAUUAACAAACGACCCGUCCGGUCCGUCAGAAAGGCACAUUGGUACUUGAAAAUGCUGUUAUCCUCUUCCAAACGAGUCGUCAAGAUCGUGACAUGCCCCGUCCAUUCCUUCUCAACAGUGUCUCCAGGGGGAGUCAUGGCCGUGGUGGAACCCAUCAUGGAUCACGAUUCAGUCAAUGCCUUUCAUCCAGAUAUGCAACUGCCAGAAGAAGAUCCGUUCUUUGCACCAUUGUCGUCGAACUGGAAUAAGGAAUCCUCGUUGGAACAACAACUCUGUCAAUUGGAUACUUCGUUUUCUUCUAGCAAUACUAAUAAUAAUGAGUCUGAAGGAGUCGGGCAGCAACCUCAAUACGAAAAUGACACCAUCUUGAACCAAUACGAAGACGACUCCCUUUUGCGACAGUAUCGAGUCCAACGACAAGACACUGGAUCCACCGAGUCAUCGCUGAUUGGCCGAGAGGAUACUGGGGGUGGUGCGAUUGGUCACGCCCUCCGCAAAAAGAGCUCCAUUCUCGAAUCGAUUGCGACGGACGAACACGGGGACUAUAUCUUUGAAGACGAACAAGAUACCAAUGUCAUUAUACGGCUUCCAUCCUCCUUGCAGCAAUCGGUCCGUAGUAUGUCCACCACCAAUACUACCCAUCAACAAUUUUCUACCGUCUCCAGUGAAGCUGCCUCGGGACUCCCCGAUAUGAUAUUGAAUUUGCAAACACAAAAUGACCUCAUGGACGAUACCACCAUGGGAUCUGUUCCGUCGAGAUUGCAAUCAUCAGGAGGAAUUACUGCAAGGGAGCAAACAAGUGACAGUACGAAUACUACUUCUAGUACUAGGAACAACAAGGAUGAUCCCAAGGUUUCGGUCCCCUUUAUCUUUGUGGAUUCGGCCAGCGCUGACAGUGAUGAAGUAUUCAAGCAACUGCAGCAGCAACCUACUGAAGUGGAAGAUCUCCAAGCCUUUUUGACCAAGGAGGGUCAUUUGCAGCAGCCACUGCCACCACAGAAGAACGCUGCUGCUCCUCCUGCUGCUGCUACUGUUGCAAUGAAAUAUAUUGCGGCUGCGACAAAACAGAAAAAUGCUACAGUGCAAACCCCCCUACGAGACUCGACCAACAACGAGAAAAAACCAUCCCCGUAUUCGCCAUCCUUUUUUGACAAACAAAAGACCAGUGCUCUCUUUCAAUCGGUUGAAAAGGCCAAACGAAGGUCGGGCGAGAACAACCAUCCAAAGAAGCAAGAUGCUGGUUUCAAUAACAAGAAGAACAAAUUGAAUCGACGCGAAAUUCCAGCAUUGAUGGACGGUGACCUCGUGGCCAACAAUAAAAAGAAAAGGCCCACCACCACCACCAACAACAACAACAACAACUCUGCUACUACAAAGCGAACCACUACUAAUACCUCUUCGUCGUCAUUUCCAAAAAGAACAGCCAAGUUGGUCGACGACAAUGUUUGUCUUCCUGUGCAAAUUCACAUUAACAAUAUGGACAAUGCUGAUUUGCAAAGUUUCCUGACCGAAGAGGAAGAGGAAGAAAAGGUGGAAUAUGAUUUGUUGCUGAAAGAAAUCGAUACCGAUCUUGCUGCUGUUGCACCGCCACCGCCACCGAACAACAAUAACAAUAACAGGGCAACAACUGCAACACCCCUCACCUCCAACAAGUCGGCGAAAAGCUUUCCAUUUUCUUUGCCAACAACAACAACAACAUCUCCCUUUCAGAAUAAGGGCAAUGAGAAUAUGAAACAAACGAAGAAGAAUCGUCUGGAACCUCCUCAUUCUUGGUGCAUCAUGAGCCAACCAACCCAUUCGUUUGGUGUACGACAGCAGUCGUCGGUCGAAGAAGCCAAAGACCAUCAUGACAAUGAGGAGGAGGAGGAGGUUGUGGGAGACACGGAAUAUUACGACGAGGAGGAGGAAAGCUUGUUUGCAAAAGGAUUUCACUUUUUGCAAGCCAUGGCGGCCGAUGCGACUGCCUGUGUGUCACCUUCCAGUCGGUAUGAUUAUCGAAACAUGAAGACGAAAAAUCGCCAUCAUCACAACAACAAUACUACCACCACUACUACUACUACUACUACUACUCGACAAUUCGAAGUGUACGCUGUCUGA